AUGGAAAAGGGUAAAAAGGGCAGGAGACCUUUCCCUGUCCUUCGUCCCCCAUCUUCUCUCCUCAAACCCGCCUACCCCACUACUCUACCCGCACAAACCGCCCCGCAUCACGCCGAUCAGCCUUAUGACCGUAUCUCGACCACCCACGGCACCAUCGCCGCCAGGGCUGUCUCAUUUCAUGGACAGCUCCUAAGCGGCGUCACCCCUCUCCAACUAGCACAGAAUGGCCUGUAUUGA